AUGGCGUCCCGGCUGAGAAUCGAUCUCGGAGUUUUGGUCAUCGUCAUUUUGAAACUGAAACUGUGUUCGUCAGUGGACUGGGAGAAGGUGAAAUGUUCUGUGGACGUGGAUCAGAAAGUUCCAGAAGGAACGGUGCCAAUCGGCCGCUUCCCUUGGCUGGGCGUCGUGCAACACACUUUCUACGUGGCUGAGAAGGCCAGGUUCGCGGUGACAGCUGGCGUGCUCGUCCACCCGGCGUAUGCCAUCGCGUCUGCCGAAGACAUGGCUCGCGUGCCCCGGACGCAGCUCUUUAACAACACAAAGUUCAUCAUGUGGCACAGCAACGAGGAGAAGUUUACGGUGGACGUCCGCGACUACCUCCUGCACCCCGAGUUCGAGGAGAAGGUGACCUUCGCCACGCUCGCCUUGCUGGAACUCAUCACGUACGGGUAUACCGGCAUUAGCGACUACGAAACGGUGGUCCUGCCCAUCUGUAUGCCCGUAACUGGAUUCGGUGGGACAUUUGACGAGAUAUAUUCAGUCAGGAUCACAGAUGAGACCGCUGAGAUGCACAAGGAAGCUAACAAAAUGAACUACGUCCCGGCAAGAGAAUGCGAUGAUUUCUACAACAAGGCCGGGCUGUCGUACGACAAAAUGAAGCCUCGCAGGCCUCUGUGCGCGUCGGUGGAGUCUCAGAAACGAGCGUGUGUCUGGGACGCGGGCUCCGUUCUCUUCGCGAGACAGACUUUUGGCCACUGGAUGAUUUUAGGGUUCAGCACCCGAGGGGCGGGCUGCGGCGCGCCAGCUCGCUUCGUCAGCAUCCACGACUUCAUACCCUGGAUCGAUGACGUGAUCACCAAGACCAGCCCAGACGAGAUGGACAGAACUGUCCAAGUGCUCUUCCGAAGGCAGAACCCAUUCGAAUUCUCCAUGUAUGCUGGUGACGUCAAGUUACCGAAGAAUUUUGGUCAGUGUAAAGACAAGAGGCAGUCUGGUAUAGUACUCUUCAAGGACGAAUCGCAAAUGUUUACCACCAAGUAUAUCGGACAGGGGUUCUAUUAUUUGUCAGCGGCCGUGUUCGCGAGUAUAAAGUGCAUCCAGGUGAAGUUAGAGGUGAUGACACGGUCGAACGCGGCGGUCUGGGUGGAGCAUCAGUGCAACAGAGACAUGACUAACCGAUUGGGGCCCAUAAAGCAGGAUCAUCGAUUGAACGAGUGUUUCAUGUACUUCAAAUCGAAGGCUUUAGUCGAAUUCCGAUUCUACUUUUCAUUUAAGGUGUACUUUGAGGUUAUAGUCAUGGGUUUCCCCGAAGCAACUCCAAUGAGGCCCAAUCCUAACAAAAACAUAGAAACGACUAUCGGCUGGCAUCCGACGAGCGAUGGACUGCACAAGUAUUAUUGGCAUCCAGCCGAUAAGUGGCAAUGGCAUCUAUAAAUUAUCCUAGGGGUAUAAAUUACAGUGGUGAAGAAGAAGCGGCACAAGAAACUUCACCGCAGCCUUUUCUCUAAAGACUUUUCUCUUGUCAUUUGACAAUUAUUAUGUGUCUCACAGGACGAUCCUUUUAUUGAUUUUAUUACACGACAGAAAGAUGAACAGAAACGGCCCACACUCAGUGAAUGUAAAAUAAAGUAUCACAAUCAAAAACGAAUAGAACUAACUCAAAAGCUCAACAAAUAAAAGUUAUCUUACCAAUUUCUCUGUAAUUUUAUUCCCUAUCUCACUCUUCCAACACCUUAUC